AUGAGUACUCACUUUGGAGAGAAAUCAUUUAAAUGUCCAGAUUGUUCAUACGUAACCGCUCUAAAAUCAAACCUCAAAGUACAUUUGAAGACUCACUCGGGAGAAAAACUAUUUAAAUGUCCAUAUUGUUUGUUUGCAACAGCUAAUAAAUCAUAUCUCAAAGUGCAUACGAAGAUUCACUCCGGAGAUAAACCAUUUAAAUGCCCAGAUUGUUCAUAUGCAACAGCUUAUAAAUCAUAUCUCAACGUACAUACGAAGAUUCACUCGGGAGAGAAACCAUUUCAAUGUCCAGAUUGUUCGUAUGCAACCGCUUGGAAAUCAGACCUCAAAAUACAUUUGAUGAGUCAUUCCGGAGAAAAACCAUUUAAAUGUCCAGAUUGUUUGUUUGCAACAGCUAAUCAAUCAUAUCUCAAAGUGCAUACGAAGAUUCACUCCGUAGAUAAACCAUUUAAAUGUCCAGAUUGUUCAUAUGCAACAGCUAAUAAAUCAAACCUCAAAGAUCAUCUAAAGACUCAAUCGGGAGAGAAACCAUAUAAAUGUCCAGAUUGUUCGUAUGCAGCAGUUCAAAAAUCACAACUCAAUUUACAUAUGAAGACUCACUCGGGAGAGAGACCAUUUAAAUGUCCACAUUGUUCAUAUGCAACAGCGAAUAAAUCAAACCUCAAAGAUCAUCUGAAGACUCACUCGGGAGAGAAACCAUAUAAAUGUCCAGAUUGUUUGUUUGCAACAGCUUAUAAAUCAUAUCUCAAAGUACAUACGAAGAUUCACUCGGGAGAGAAACCAUAUAAAUGUCCAGAUUGUUUGUUUGCAACAGCUUAUAAAUCAUAUCUCAAAGUGCAUACGAAGACUCACUCUGGAGAUAAACCAUUUUAAUGUCCAGAUUGUUCGUAUGCAGCAGUUCAAAAAUCACAACUCAAUGUGUCAUGUCCUCACAUUAAAAGCGCAGUAAAGACCAAAGAAGAGGAUUUGAGAAGCAAAACUGGAGGUUUUCUAUGUCCAGCAUGUGGUGAACAACUUUUCUAUGAGAAGUAUUUUAUUGAACAAUGA